GUCCCAUGGCACAGGCAUUGCUCGGCGCCUGACCCAACGGCAGCACUUGCUGUGGCUGCAGCGGUGGUGGUGGCAGCAUGGCACGAGUGUGGGGGGCCACGGCCCCUGCCCGCCUUGUCCUCCUCCUGCUACUGAUGUCCCUGCGUUCCUGGGAGAUUUGUGCUGCUCCGCUUCCAGUACAGGGAGCAGAUGAUGACAUUGGUGCGCCCUAUUCAGAUGAUAGUCUGAAUCCAGGUUUUGUGCCUCGGGGUCAACCCAGAGGUGUGACUGGGAAUGAAGGUGCUCCAGCUUCCCCUCUGAGUUCCAGGACUGAAACUCCGGCAGAUCACAUGGAAGUGCCCCCAGGGAGGGCCUUGCUGGUUUCUCGGCUCCUUCCUGCGAUGGAGACCAGUUGGAAUCCCAUGGGUCCGCAAAGAGGAAACAGAGGAAAGGAUACACCUAGAAGAGGGAAGUACUACUGGUGGUCAUCCCGUGUCCUAAAGGAACCCGUGAAGAAAAUGGAGAAGGCAGCGCAUGGUGGGACUAAAGGGACUGACCAAGAGACUGUGCAGAAGGAGCCAUUGCAGGAAAGCAGCAGUGACACACGGCCAGUCUCUGACAGAAAAACACAGGCAGAACAAGCAGCUGGAUUGCCAGGUAAUUUCAGUCCCAUGGUCAUCUGGUGUCACCAACCAGAAUCACUGUGUGCCACCAGGCCCUUCCUGCCUGCUCUUGCGCAGCAGGCCGGCAGCCAAACGUGA